CACACACACACACACACACACACACACACACACACACACACACCACCCUCUGACAUUAAAAAGAGAAAGAUGACAGUAAUGAGUAGGAAGUGUAAAGGUUGCAUAGAGGAGAUAUUGACUCUGUUAUUGGGGUUCAGUGUUCAAGAGACGGAGAGCAACGGGAGUAGAAAGUCAAAGACUUGAGUUUUUUUAAUUUUGUUGGGAUUGAUUUACCCAAAAUGUGCUCAGUAUUUUUCGGAUUGGAGGGGGUCGGAUGGGGGUAGGAGGAUGUGGGUUAGGAGGGAUGGAUGGAAUGGUUCAGACGGAGUGGCAGACAUGCUGGAGCGUCGCCAAAGCUUCUCGGGAACGCUGCCACAAUCGUGAGCGACGAAGAAAGAGCGAGGGAGUAGAGAGGAACGGAAAAGCCAUGCCUGCAGUGGAGAGACUUGGCAGGGCUUCCCCUCCUUUGUCUGUCUGGCUUGGGGCUGCAGCGCCAGAGGAAAUCAAGAAAUGUCCAGGCGUGGUGGUGGCGGCGGCGGUGGAAGGGGACAAUCUCUGCCUCGGCUCGCAAAAAGACGAGAGAGAAAAAGUUCUUUCAAAACGUAGCUUCUGAAAGGGCUAUGGAACCUCCCCCCCCCCCCAAAAAAAAACAAAACAAGCGAUUUUCUCUUUUUGAUCGAUAUUCCGCAUUGGAGCCAUUGGACCCCAACAAGUUUUUGGAGACGGUGUGACCAUCAUCGGAUAAGUCGACCUGUAAUUUGAAUGGCAACAAAGUAUUUGUACGAUUUUGAAGCGCCAAUCAACGUCUGUGAACCGGACAAGAGCGUAGGUUUGACCUCACAGGGUCUACCAGCAGCCAGAGGAAGGCCAAGCAAGAGCCAAACACCAUGUAAGCGGCAACAGGACUGUUCCACCUUUUCCGGAGGGGACAGAGAUGGUUGUAUUUGGCAUGGGCUGCUACUGGGGAGCCGAGAGGAAGUUCUGGAGACAAAAGGGGGUUUAUUCCACCCAAGUGGGCAACGCGGGAGGAUACACACCUAACCCCACCUACAAGGAAGUCUGCACAGGUAUGACGGGCCACGUCGAGGUGGUGAGAGUCGUCUUCCACCCGGAGCAGAUCAGCUUAUCCAGCUUGCUCAAAGUUUUCUGGGAAAGCCACAACCCGACUCAAGGGAUGCGACAGGGGAACGAUGUUGGGACGUCAUACCGCUCCGCCAUCUACGUCGACACAAAGCAGCAGCUGGAGGAAGUUUUGGCCUCCAAAGAGCAAUACCAGAAGGUGCUAACCGAGGAAGGUUUUGGUGCGAUCACAACAGAAAUAGCCGAAGCCAGGCCUUUCUACUACGCCGAGGAUUACCACCAGCAGUACCUGAGUAAGAACCCAGAUGGAUACUGCGGUCUGGGAGGGACAGGAGUCUCCUGUCCAAUAGGAAUCAAACCCAAGGCCUAAAUAGCCAUUGGCGUCUGCAAGGAUGCAACGAUGGAGAUAAUUGAUGCAUUUAGGAACAUUAGUCUAAUAUUUGAACUGGUGAAUGUGAUAAUGUCGGUAUAUCUCCCCCAUGUCUCAUGAACUGCAGCGUAGACGGCGUCUUCUUGGCUCUUUUGCCGUUCUUGGAUGCACCAGUGCCUCAAAAAUAUUUGCGACUGACGUGCGUCGUAGGGCGUCACUUGAGUGAAGGCUUCACACAAAGUACGCUCCCUGACACAUGCGGGGCAAUCUCAAAAUGUAUGUAAUCCAAUAACAUGUAGUGAAAGAAAACAGUCACACUGCAAGGAAAU